AUGCGGACGUCUCUGCUGCUCGCAUGGGCAGUCGGCACCGUCAUUGCUUUGCCGGCCGAGCAAGGUCAUGAGCCCAACUAUCAUCUCAAUAAGGGCAAAAGUGACCGGCUCAGCCAUGUCGUCAGUCUGGUGAAAGACUCGCCGGAUAGGGGUGUGCCCUUUUGCCGGCAUUACCUCGAUCUUUCAUGCGAGACGACCAUGGUGACGGAGACCCGAAGACUCCAUCCAACCACUAUCCAUGUCACGAAGACUCUCACAGAUUAUCAACACGAUCGAGUCACCCGAACUAUGACGGACGCGACGACUGUCACUGUUAGCAAGCACGUCGAGCAUACAGAAACUGACCUUCGGAUCGUCACCGAAACCAGUGCUAUUGCCUUGACGGUGACCGAUAUCCAGGCGGUGACUGCGACUGAUGUGGUCGUCUCGGUCCUGCCUGAGACGAUAUCAGAGACUGAGACGAUAUUGAUGACCAGUUACGCGACGAACUUAGUGACCGAGACAAUCACAGAUUUGGCUUCUAUCACGGUGACUGGCAUCACCACCGAGACAAUCACCAACACAGCUACCAGCACGGUCACAGACCAGAUAACCUCCGUGGUAGCCGACGAGAUCACUGCCGACAUCACCAACUGGUUCACAAACACUUUAACUCAAUUGGUCACCGUCAGCUUAACCAACUUAUAUACUGAGACAACCACUCUUUCCUUUUUUGCUACCGCGACAGCAACAGCGACUGAUACUAUCACAACCACAACUACAGCAGAAGUUGAGGCGACGGCUACACAUACUCUGCCCGUGACCGUGCUUCAGACUGACGUUGAGACCAUUACCACUUCGGUCCCGAUAACUGCAACGGAUUACACCACCGCAACCAUCACGAGUGCCAUUACCGACGCUAAAACCGCUACCACCACGGAUGUAGUCACCGUGGCGCUUGAUAAGCGUUGGGAAAUAGUCGAGAAAGAGCCUGCAUACGUCACACCAGCGCAUUUACGGACAAUAUCCCACGAUCUUCUCUCUAGCGCAUGCCUGGAGCUAAAGAUUGCGCCGUGCAAGUCGACAGUUUAUACCACCACCACCCUUCAGGGAACUAUAUGCGAAACCUCCACCGCCCAUAUUACCUGCCAUGAAGAGGUCACAGCCUACGUUACCCAUCAUGUUACCGACACGGUGACGGAUUGGUUUACUUCCCUCGCUACAGUUGAUGAGCUUAGUACCACCAUUGUCGAUAUUGUUGAGACAGCCACUGUCUUUGAGGCAUCUACCCUCACCGUUUCCAGAACUUCGAUUAGCACUCAGCCAGUCACAAUCAUUGCAACAGAAGACCAGAUCACAACCCUGAUAGAGUCUAUCACCGCAGUUAUCACCGAGGAUAUUACAUUGACAGCCACGGCCGAAAGUACCGCCAUUGCAACAGUCACAAUCGCUGAGGAUUCGACGGUCGAUGUGACGGACUCGUUUACGAGCUUCACCACAUUGACGGAGACAAUCUCCGAUACCACUGAGCUGACAGUCAGCCCCACCGUCACACAAACAAUAGACCUCACGGCCACCGCAACAUUCGAUACUACGUCCACUUCAACAGAGACUACAACAGUAGACGCAAUUGCAGUGGUAACUGCCACAUCCACGUCUGCGAUUACGCAAACCGUUGAUCUCCUAGUGACGGUACCUACUACCGUCGACGUCACGGCCACCGUGACCAACACGAUCCUGACUACCGACGUCGUUGACGUGACUGUCACCGAGACGGUCUCGAUAACCAGCACCACGACACUAACCUCUACAGCCACUGCCGCCGCCGCCACCUGCGGCACCAAUGUAAUCCAGAACCCGAACUUUGAUGACGCCUCGCUCACCUCAUGGACAACUGCCCACACUGGGUUCGGCCGUGUGAACUCAUACGCAUCUGGCUACGACUCCGAUUACAGUGUGGAGUUGCAAAGCACAUCCCUUGGCUCCAGUACUGCCACGAUUGAGCAGACCGUCACCACUGUCGUGGGAGAGACUUACACCUUCUCUGCAUACUUUUAUCUCGCUGGAGGGACCACAUCAAGCACUCUGACAUGCUUCUUUGAUAACACCGCCGGUAGCAGCUUUACCACUAACAUUGGCUCGGACGCCAAGGGUUCCUGGACCCUCCUCUCGGGCUCAGUCGUAGCCUCGUCGACCUCGACGGAGCUUACCUGCAAGCUCUCUACGAUAAUUGUCACGAUUGUCCUUAUGUCGGACUUCUCACUCGCUUGCUAG